GCGACAAAUGAAGCAUGAACUUGAGGGACAUGUAGUUACUUUACCACCGUCUCUCCAAAAAAAACCACAGAGAUGGACAGAGAUUGUGGUCUUUUGUAAAUGAAAGUGCAUAAAGACACCCGGCAGUAUUAGUCGUUUACUGCAUUCAUUAUUAAAAGGCGGCGUGAAAUCGUUUCAUGGGAUCUAACCCGGAUGAAACUUUUCUGUGUCAGGCAUGCACAUUACACUUGGUCGGCUUAUUUGGAUGAACAGUUUUAUAUCGAAUCUGAAAGGUAAACAAGAUAUUUAAACUUAAUUGUUGGAAAUUGGACGUUAAACGCAUUUUCUCAAAAAGUCACUGGAUUGAAACAUCAACAUGAAGUGAUUUUUCUAAAGGUCUGAAUGGCAAUGCAGUGAUAUUAUCAUGGUGAAUUCGAGCCUUUCAGAACUCGAGUUUAACAAUGGUACUUUUUCUGAGGAUCAUAUUCUUUGGCUUGCCAAUGAGCGCCUGUAUCAUAUCAACACCCCAACAGUGGUCUUCUACAUCAUCGCCAUUAUAAUUGGGGUGUUUGGAAAUUCACUUGUGAUUUACGUCUUUCGAUUUCGUUUCAAGCGGACCACCGCCAACAUAUUCAUCGUGUGCUUGUCCACAUUUGAUAUCAUAACAUGUUUUAUGUUAAUUUUUGAAGUUUUUGACAAACGUCUUCCUAUGUACAGCGGGAAUUACCCGGCAAUAUGCAAACUGGUUCGAUGUGUGGAGGUGUUUGCCAAUGGAGGUGCUAGUGUCAUUCUCGUAGGGAUAGCAUUUGAUAGGUAUUAUAAAAUAUGUAAACCUUUCAAAAGACUUUCAAUGAGGAGAGUGAGAAAUCUGAUUAUAGCAACAAUUAUAGCAAUGACUUUUGUAAGCUGGCCGAUGUUACUAUUUCACGGAUCCGAGACGGUGGCUACUAACUACCCGGACAUUUCCGGAAAAGAUUGCGCGGAUGACGACGAUUAUAAAGGAUCUGUUUAUCCGGGGAUAUAUUUCAUCAUCCUGUUUGUUUUUAUCUUCGCCUGCAUUGUCCUUAUUGUGGUUCUAUAUUCCUUGGUUUUCUCGGCCAUCCUAAGAUGGAAACAUAGGAUUGUGGGCGAGGAUGUCCGAAUGAUGUCUCUGUCCGAGAGCAUUAAAGCCCCCUCGUCUGCCUCUUCAUCACGGAGAAAAAGAAACCUUUCACAAACUCAGAUAGAUGAUAGACCCUAUACUAUUGCAAAUACUACAGAGUUUGAUAGUGUAGCUAAUGUUUGUAGUAAUGGGUAUGAUACAGGCGCGUCAGAGCUUGAAACAAGGCAAAAUGAACCAACAAAAAUGGAUCCCUAUCAGAAAAAUGCGGAUGGUGACAACGACCAUUCUUAUUCGUCUAGCACUGGUGUGGUCAACAAGGGAUUCACAGACUCUGAUCGCAACAUUGAAGAGGAAGUGUUUUCAGAUAUGACAAAAACCAUUUCAUGUUUGACGAUAAACAAUUACACUGAAAACAACAUGUCAAAAACGACAAUUUCUAACGAGCUUGUGAUAGAAAACCCAAUCAAAGACGCCGUUCGAGAACAGCAACAGCAGGACUAUGUCAUCAACGGCUCAAUGAGCAUCGAUAGACCCAAGAUCAGUCUAAAGUACAAAGUGAAGCUCCCAAACUUCAGAAGCAAGUUCCGGCGGCGCGGUAAUAAAGCGGACGUUCGGAUGAGUGCUACCACCCUGGUUUUCGGCCUCAUUGGUCUUCUGUAUGUGUUGAGUUAUAUCCCUACUAUAGUUGUGGAGAGCGUCAACGCAAUACAGCCCCUCGUCGAAGAAAACCUUCCCGAUAGCACGAGAAAAGUUGUGGUUUUGGCAAACUCUGCUUACUUCAUUAAUGGGGCUUUCAAUCCCUUGAUAUAUGGCCUAUUCAACAAGGCUUUUAGAGAUGAGCUUAUUCUAAUUGUAAAGGGGCAAUCAAAAUAGUAAAAUUGUUUCAUUGACAUGAUUUAAAAAAAAAUGUACACAGUUACUAGUAAACUUGUCCUUUUCAAGCAAUGUAACAAAAUCUACCUCAUCAUUUUCUAAACUGCAUAAGACUAUCAAUUGCAUGAUAUUAUAAAUCGUACAUGUAUAUUGUGUGCAGGUAUAUACGCGUAUUCUUGCAAUAGAAAUGUCGAUAGCUUGCUAUUAGAAUAUUCCAUCAUGGUCAAAGCUGAUUGACAACUACCCAUCACCUGUCUGUCACGGGAACCACAAUAAGAUAGUAUAAAUCACACACAGACGGUCCAUGCCGACAACACUGACCAAAUUCCUUGGGAGGGGACAGUCCUUUAUAAUGCGUUGGUAGUAAACAAUUUCAACUUACCGUGGCCAAGAACGUCACAGAAAAUAAUUUUAUUUAUCAUUUUGUCCAAUGCAUGCCAUUAACUAAUCUCGAUGUGCUACGAUAGCUUAAUUUGGGCUUUAAUUCAUUUUUUUUUUUACUUUUGAUUUUCAUUGAUGCGACUCAUUUUGAAAUUUAACAUGGACCGACGUAACAAUAGGAAUUAUUGUUUACAACUGUGUUCAAUUUAAAACCGAGCUUUACGUAGGUUGACUCAAAAUCAGUGUCAAAAAUAAAAACGGAGAAGAUACACGAUCGAUGGCCCAAAAUAAAAUUACCUAUUUACGACUUUCAUAUUUUUGCAACUAAAUUUACAAUAUUCAGUCAAUUUUCCUUGAUUUUACAUGGUUUGUUCCGGUUGGUUAUUUAAGAACAGGGUGUGUUUUAAUUCUUUGUGUGUGGGAUUUUUUUUAUGAGAAAAUGUGGUUAUCCUCAGUACAGAUAAUUGUCCUUGUUCAAUGUAAAGGUAAAGAAAUUUAAUAGCAAUGUGUAGCAAGUGUCUAAAAGCUUCAAUGCUUAUCUAGCUAACCGAUUAUAAUGUAAAUAUGCCACUAAAACUUUUUUUGAUGUGAUAUGUUAAACCCAUUGGUGAUUCAUGUCACUAGCGCAUAUUACAAUAUCCCUUCCCUUUCGUUUGGUCUUGAAUCAGGAUAACUACGUGUACAAUCAAACUUUUAUCUAUUUAAUAGAUAUUAAAACUUCUUUGUUGUUUUUUGUUUGUUAACAUAUUUUGUUAAACCGAGUCUGGUAACUCGCUUAUUGUCCUGCAACCCUCCAAUAGGUUACCUGUAGCCGUCCAGUAAGUGUCCACGUAU